AGUGAUUUGACUGUUAGCCACAGUGGCUAGCAUCUAACCAUCGAUUUUAACAUUUGUUGAUUUGAUAAGAGGCAAACAUUCAGAUGACACAGUAGGAGACUUGGCGUUGGUUGACGAACGAUAACGAUGAUAAUGGUCGUUUAUCCUCCAAGGGCAGUGUGUCAGUAUGUCAUAGUAUUAGUUUGAACAACUCUGCAUGUGGCCCCUGCAUCUGGACACUCUUAAUACUGUUUAAUCCCUUGUUGUCAGCCAGCCAGGCUUGUCCUCAUGCCAACACACUGUCUAACAGUGUGUCACUUAUCUUCAAACAGAGAAAUUGAGCAUCCAAUAAUGUCUCCAGUUUAACUGUGCACUCCGGGAAUAAUGACGCUCUAGGACCUUUUUGGAUCAUGAUGACCUGAGCAACACAGACGCGAGCUGCUCUGACAUGCUGAAGACUGAACUUCGCUCUCGACCUCACACUGCCAACAUGGACACAGUUACUCACCAAAGGAGGCCGAUAACUCGCUCCUGCAGUUUUGGGGACGCACUGAGCAGCAGCAGCACCUCUCAUGCUUUAACCCAUAGCACACACCAACACCAGGAAGAAGAGGGGUCGCCACGACAACGACGCAUUACCAUUCCAUCAUAUGUGCCUCGGUCUAAGGAUCAGAAUGGAAACUUUCCUGAGAAGGAUGUGGACAAGCAAGUCACCAAAUGUCUCAGGGAGCUGAACACAGAUGAAGUAUGCACGUGGUUUACCAAUAUUGGACUGCAGAAAUGUCUCCCUUUCAUCAAAGAAGCCAAACUGCGCGGCGCAGACAUAGCUUCAGUGGAUGUGGGCACGUUGGACCUCCUCCAGGUCACCACACUGGGAGAUAGAGAGCAGCUGCUGUCGGCUAUUUAUAAUGAGCUGCACCCUCCCAGCGCCAUCACCCAGAGACUCGACUCUCUGCUCGGAUCUCCAGGGCCCAAUAAUGUGGAGACAUUCACUGCAACACUGGUGUCAAUGAGCAAGUCUACCUCUGCUCCACAUGUGAACUGCCUGAGCAUGAAUGGACGUUCCCUCAAACUCAGCCAGAACUACAUGGUGCAGAGGAAUUCUCAGCUGAUAGAGAUCACUAUUAAUGCAUCAGAGCGGAUCGUUCAUCUCAGAACCCCAAAGGAAACAACAGUAGGAAAAAUCAUGGAUUCGUGCAUCAAAAUGCUGGGAGUGGCAGAAGAUCAAAGUCUAUUGUCACUGAAAGAAAAGCAAGGUUCGUCAGAGGAGCUCCCACCAGAUCAGCAGAUUGGGAGUCUACUUGCAUCGACAUCAGAGAACAGACAGUUGGAGCUGCAUUUGUGUAAAACGGCGAAACCAACGACUACUGUCUCCCAAAACAGUCCAGAAGUCAAUAGCUCCGAUGAAAAUGCUAACAUCAACAAAAAUGUCCAGUGGAACCAGCCAGCGAAAGAAGAGAGGAUUAGGGAGCUGAACCAACAGGUGGACUCUCUGCAAAGCGUCAUCUUUCAGGUCCAGGAGCUCCACCAUGGCCUGGUAGCUUUUUGUUCAGAGUUAAAGAACAUGGAUGGAGAUGUGAGUAUAGACAGGCUUGGCUCAGCUGAGCUGGAGCAGAGGCUGGAGUCGGUGAAGAGCCGACUGAGCGAUAAGAGGCAGAGCCUGCAGAGCCUCAGAGACAACAACAACAACAACUCAGCUGCUCACAAGAAGAAGCAGCUGGAAGUUCGUCUCUUGGAGAAGAUGAAGCUGAACUGCCAAGUGUUUAAGGAGGAGAUUUCCAUGGUACAUCUCAACCGACAGGCCGCUCACCUACAAAAUGCUUUGCAGGAAAGCAAGGAGAAAACUCGGAAAAAGAGUCUGGCCAUCGGUAGCCUGAGCCAGCUGGUGUCGCUGCAGUCUCCUGCCAUGCUCCUGGUUGUACAGGAGAAGCGGGGCCUGGAUGGCCAGUAUGGCUUUGCAUGUCGCUGCAGAGAGGGCAGCGGACUUGUGGUGGUCAAGGUUGACAACACUCACCUCUGUGUAGAGGACAGACUGGUGGAGGUGAACGGUGUGCCGGUAGUGAACUCCACACAGGAAGAACUUUCUGACCUCCUGCUGCAGGGACCCAGCGCUCAAAUAGUUGUUCUUCGCCAGCCCCCGCCCACACUCACCUGCAAGCAGCACCUGGUCAACACCAAUCCCAUGCAAACAAGCUGCCCAGAAAGUGAAGUGGUCACCAUGGAAACCCCUCCACGACGGAAAGUGAUGGCCAUCUGACGCUACAAUGGAGACAAAUGAAGUGACGACUACUGAGACUUAGAAAACAGUUAUGAAGAGGAUGGAAAAUGUUAUGAAAUUGGUGUCUGUCUAUAGAAUGUGAACUUCCAUAGCAUCUUUUGUUAGUUAUUUACCCCCAUAUGUUAACUGGUUUGGAAAUAUUCUUAACAGAUCGUUACCAAAUGCCUUUUAGUAAGGAAUGUAUAUUAUAAUAUGGCUAUGUUUUUUGUUUUUAUCUGACUAUUCUAAAGCUUCACCAUAUGUGUAUCACGUGGUCCUUGGUAGAUAGUAAUGUAUAAUCCAUAUUGUUUCAAUGUCUGUGCAGAACAAUAUAUAUGAAAAAUAUGUUUUUGGGGGGGAAAGGAAAGAGAUACAUCCAGUACUACACGUUUUCUAUUUGGAGCUCUCUUUGCUUUACAUCAUAUUUGUGGCAUGAGGGAAAAUGAAAACGAAAAAGAGGAACACAGACUCAGAAAGAGCUUUUCUCCACUGGAUAUGUGAUAAUCAUUUAUUUUUAAACAUCCAGCAGAUCUAUUCAUCAACACUGUAAGCCUUAUGACUAUUCUGUACGCUUCAUCUUUUAAAAGUACAGACAGACAGAACUAAACAGUCAGAAAAUAUGUGAUGUGCCGUAAAGAUAUGUGCAAGCAUUCUCUUUGCAGAUUAGACACUAAGAUGGUGUAGAACCGUGUUCAGAGAAUAAUAUUUCUUAAAAAGUGAGUGUCGUCUCCCCUUUGCAAGUUGUAAUGUAAUCCACUGUGCUGUAAGGAAAAACCCUUGGGCCCGGAAAUGCCUAAUUACUCAGUCUUGUUCUCCCUCGUUAAGUAGCAGUGGAUCAUGCAAGUCUGACAGAAAGACCAGCACAAACCUGAACCCUGACCCAGACCCCCCGAGGUCCAAAGAGCCUGAGAGGAGAAGUGAUGAGACCUGUUUCACUCGUCAGUUGAUGGGAAAGGUCUCAGAUCAGUCAAUACAUUCGGGUGUUAAUGGUUUUUGCAUCAAAGGCAAAUAAACUCAACCUAAUCCAAAUGAUGAGAGAGAUGGUAUUCUCUUGUUGCCAAACAGACGCACAUGGGGGGAGCAGUAUGAUCCUGGCAAGCUGGAGACGUGAGAGACUUAAUUGCAGAUAUGGGGAAUUCAAGUCAGCCAUGCCACAACAUUUUAUCUACCCACUGACACAGAUGAACCAUAAUGGCAUACCUCAGGAACUGUGUAACAAUAUGGUGAAAAGAUAUCCAAAACCACAAAAUAUUACAAUAGCAGGGGGUCCACAUGGAGAGAGAGAUGGAGAAAAUUUUACAAUGACUAUCAUGUUCAUUGUCAAAAACGACUGUGCAGCAGGGACUGAGGUCAACCGGGGCUGUUCUUCCAUUCAGCACAGAGAGACGGGGAAAUAAAUUCACAGCUCAGUACAGUCAAGCCACACAGAGGCAGAAGGCAGAGGAGAGAAUGUGUCAUGGCUGCCUUUAUGGAAAUAAAUUAACACUGGAGAAAAUGAGACAAAAUCCUAUAAACACUGCUGCUGGCAAGAGUAGAAAGACGCCGUGGGAUUCCCAGUGACCAACAUCGGCCCAGAACACACACCAACAGGCUUUGAUACUCCAGCUACAAACCACUGCAAGCUGUCAAUCUGAAAAGCAGAAGAAAUCCACCGGGGUGAGUAAUUGAAGUGACACCAUGAAAGGCCUCAAAGCUUUUCAAAGAUGCUGUCAAGUCGAGAGGACCCAACGCUCUACAGUACAGUGAGCCGGUGAGGAACAUCUGCAGCGAGUUGAACUGUACAUUGACCUCCCCGCUAUACUCUCAAGGCACCUCAGGUUGACUCAGGCUGUACCUGACACGUCGUGGCACAGAGCAACCGAUGCUGCAUCUGGUUUGCCUUAGCGGCCUCAGUGAAGCUACAUCUAGCACAAAACUGAUAAGCUCUGAGGGCAGCACGGUGUGGCUGGAUUUCUCUCCUUCCUCCUGGGAGCCCCAG